CGGUUUGAUGUUUUUAUGACUCCUGUUUCCCGUCCUUUAGCUUCAGAGGGCACUCUGCCGGUGGCCAGCGUCUCCCCGACCAUCCUGAACGUCAUACAGGGUCAACGGGCAGAGUUUCGCUGCACCGUGACCGGAAACCCCACCGCCGCCAUCGAAUGGAUCGGGGGUCCGGGGAACAGGAUGAGCCCCCGGGCUGUGGUCAGAGGAGGCGUCCUGAGCUUCAGCGCCGUGGAUCCAGCUGAUGAGGGGGAGUACACCUGCAAGGCCCUGAACACACACGGGGAGAACACAGUGCGGGUCUCCCUGUUCGUGCAAAAGUCGAACCCGAGCGUUGUCGGCACGCAGCCUCAGGUUCAGGUCAGUCCUCAGAACAUCGAAGCCCACGAAGGAGACAACGUCCGUCUGUACUGCAGAGCGACAGGAUCCCCGACCCCGAAACUCACCUGGCUGAAGAACGGGGGUCAGAUCCCCCCCCAGGUGAGCCCCCCCUCGCCGCUGCCGCACCGUCACUUUAACACAUUCACAUUUUGCCGUGAUAUUAAUCUGAUUUCCUCUCGAAG